AAGAACAGGAAUAAGAAGAGCCGAAGGAAUUAGCAGCAGCAACAGCAGAGGGUGCCCAGAGCGAGAGAAGCAGCCGUGGCUGCGGGGACUCCAUGCAGCCCGAGGCCAGCAGAGGGAGACCGCCCUGCCUGGCAUCCCCUCUCGUGUAGAGUGACCCGCUCUGGGAGGAGGGAGGAAAAAGCGAUCGGGAUUUUGGGGGCUUCCUGAAACUUCCCCUACACACUCCUCCUCCCCGGGCUGGCGCGGGGCAGCAGCAGGGCCCGCUCCCGCCGAGCGAGCCCAGGGGAAGCGGCGUGAGAAGUUUGCACUGCAGCCUCCCCUGGGAGCUUCUUGGGAAAGGCGCCGCUUUGGGGAGGGGGGAUCCUUCCUCCUCCUCCUCUCGGGGCAAGAAGCAGCCGCCAGCGUGGAGCUGGGGGGGAGGCUGCUGACGAUGAAGAUGCGGGAGAGAUGGAGAUGAAGCGGAGCAUGGGGAUCCCGGGGCUCCUGUUGCUGCUGCCGGGACUAUGGGCUCUGGCGCUCCGGGACGCCGCUGCUGAAGCAGGUAUGAAAUUGACAGGAUCUCCAAUCAAAUUAAAGGUGUCCCAGGGUCAGUCGGUGAAACUAAAUUGCAGCCUCGAGGGAAUGGAGGACCCAGAGAUGUUGUGGAUCAAGGAUGGAGCGGUGGUGCAGAGUGUAGACCAGGUGUACAUUCCAGUAGAUGAAGAACACUGGAUCAGUUUCCUCAGUUUGAAAUCCGUUGAGCGGACGGAUUCUGGGAAGUACUGGUGCCAGAUUGAGAACAAGGGGAAGAAGGAAGAAUCACAACAAGUGUGGCUCAUAGUGGAAGGUGUACCCUACUUUACUGUGGAGCCGGAAGAUUUGUCUGUGUCCCCUAACUCCCCAUUCCAUAUGGCCUGUGCUGCCAUUGGCCCUCCUGAGCCAGUGACAAUUGUCUGGUGGAUGGGAGACUCCAGAGUGGGGCUUCCGGACAUCUCCCCCUCCAUCCUAAAUGUGUCAGGUAUUAACCAGAGCACGGUUUUCUCCUGUGAAGCCCACAACGUAAAGGGAUUGUCUUCUUCUCGGGCAGCCACUGUUCGGAUUAAAGCCAUGCCUCUCCCCCCUUUCAACGUGACCGUAACCCGAGUCACCAGCAGCAAUGCCAGCGUGACCUGGGUCCCGGGAUUUGAUGGCCGCUCCCCGCUUCAUUCUUGCACAGUUCAGGUUGCUGAGUCACCCGAAGAUCACGAAGGCUCUACAGAAGCUGUCCCUGUCCCUCCUUUCACCUGUGGUUUACCAGGAUUAAAGCACUCCACCAAUUAUAGUGUGCGGGUUCAGUGCACUAAUGAGAUGGGCCCCUCCCCUUUCACAGACUGGGUUUAUUUUCAGACCCUGGAAAUAGCUCCAGGCAGCACUCCACAAAACAUCCACGUCAUCCAGAGAGACACUAGCCUGGUUCUGGAGUGGGAAGGAGUGGCUCCGGACAUGCUGAAAGAAAAUCUACUGGGAUACAGGCUGGAGUGGAGUCAGGAUAACGUCACGCAGGGGGAAAUGACAGUGCAAGAGACAAAAGCCAAUCUGACGACAUGGAAUCCCCAGAAAGACCUUAUAAUCCGAGUGUGCGUACUGAACGCCGCUGGCUGUGGACCCUGGAGUGACACCUUAGUGGUUGCAGCCCAGGAGGUUGUAGAUGGCCAGAGACAACCGCCCUAUGGGACAUCCUGGGUCCCUGUGGCUUUGGGCAUUCUCACUGCCCUGGUUACAGCUGUUGCCCUGGCACUCAUUCUCCUUCGAAAAAGAAGAAAAGAAACUCGGUUUGGACACGUCUUUGGCACUGUGAUCGGCAGGGGAGAGCCAGUGGUCCAUUUCAGAGCAGCCAGGUCUUUCAACAGGGAAGGCCCAGAGCAGAUUGAGGCAACAUUGGACAGUUUAGGGAUCAGUGAUGAGCUGAAGACCAAACUCAAGGAUGUUCUAAUCCAGGAACAGCAGUUCACUCUGGGAAGGAUGCUAGGCAAGGGCGAGUUUGGGUCAGUUAGGGAGGCGCUACUGAAGCUGGAGGAUGGCUCUUUCCAGAAGGUUGCAGUAAAGAUGUUGAAAGCGGAUAUCUUCACCUCAAGUGACAUUGAAGAAUUCCUACGAGAGGCUGCCUGCAUGAAGGAGUUUGACCACCCACACGUUACUAAACUGAUCGGAGUCAGCCUGCGGAGUCGCCCUAAAGGUCGGCUCCCAAUUCCCAUGGUCAUCCUGCCCUUUAUGAAGCACGGAGACCUCCAUGCUUUUCUGCUGAUGUCCCGGAUUGGAGAAAACCCCUUUAAUUUGCCUCUUCAGACACUGCUCAAGUUCAUGACUGAUAUUGCCAGUGGGAUGGAAUACCUGAGCUCGAAAAACUUCAUACACAGGGACCUUGCUACUCGGAACUGCAUGUUGGAUGAGAAUAUGAACGUGUGCGUUGCAGACUUUGGGCUUUCUAAGAAAAUCUACAGUGGAGACUAUUACCGUCAGGGCUGUGCCUCCAAGCUGCCAGUGAAGUGGCUUGCUCUAGAAAGCCUUGCAGACAAUCUUUACACAACACACAGUGAUGUGUGGGCAUUUGGUGUGACAAUGUGGGAGAUUGUGACACGAGGACAAACCCCUUAUGCCGGCAUCGAAAAUGCAGAAAUCUACAACUACCUCAUCAGUGGCAACAGGUUGAAACAGCCCCCAGAGUGCCUGGAAGACAUCUAUGAUCUCAUGUGCAGAUGCUGGCAUUCUGAGCCCAAGCUACGCCCUAGCUUUGGAAUGCUGAAAUUACAGCUGAAAAUGAUUCAGGGGAGAAUGUCCAUGCUCUCGUCCAGUCAGGAUCCUUUAUAUGUCAACAUUGAGGAGGCCAAAGAGACUUCUGGGAGCGACCCUGCCCUGUACACUUCAUUUAGAAAUUUGGAUAGCGGAGAGAACAUUGCUGGAGCAGCUGCUGCUGUCACUAGUGACUAUCGCUACAUCAUGAGCCCCUUGUGCCUUGGAAAUGACGUUGGAAGUGAAAGGCGUCCCAAUGCAGCUGAAGGGGAGGCCAGGAGCCUUCUGCAGGAGCUGGAGUCAGAAGGAGAGAGAAGUUGUUAGCCUGUAAGAAAAAGACGCUCCAGUUCUCUACAAUGGGGUGUGUGCAGCUGGAUUGCCAUGUCACACUGCUUUCUAAAGCCAGUUGGAGGAUGUUUUUAAACCGCAUGGGUAGCUAUAAUUAGGGCUACUUCUGUAGCUAGCACCAUCUGUGUGGGCUGCUGUUGCGGACAGCUCAGAAAGAUCACAAAUCAUAAUAACCCCUUCGACUUUUGGGGGGUAGGAUUAAAGGUCGAUCGCAUCCAAUGGGAGUGGGUUCAAAGCUACAGCAACCAAUGAGUGUUUGUUUGCUCGGCUAAUUCUCAUUGGCUGCCACCACAGAGUUGAAUGCACAUACUAGUCCAUCAGUGCUCGCUAUUUUGUGGAUGCUUUUUCAAUUCUGGCUGUGUGAGCUUUGGACCAGUAGAUCUGGAAACACUGGCGAAUAUUUACGCUGUGGUUCAGGACAUAGGGGAAGAAAAGCCCCCUUGUGUUCACUCAGCAGUACUGCCUAGACCUGUUGCCUACCUCAGUGGUUCUCAAUCUGUGAUCUACGGAGCUGCUUACAUACGGUGAUAAAACAGCCAGUGUUUUUCAAGCAAUGACACUUGUUGCUAGAAGUAGCCCCGCCCAAGGCUCUCUUAGAAUUUCCAGAUGCUUUUGUUGAACAACUAAACUGAAACCAACGAAAAUCCAACACCUUUCUCCACCCUGUGCACCUUGUAUCUUUCGUUGUCUUCUGUUUGGUAUUAACGCAGCCCUGUUCAAAUUUGCACCUGUUGUAAAAUGAGUUGGUAGGGGCAACCAUGCAAGAGGAUAGAACCAUACUUCACAGGGAAGUAAAUUGAGCGGGCUGGCAGCAGUGCGGAGAAUCCCUCCUCAAUAACAUAAAGUGGAGAGGAAAGAAACAGCACAGAUACAAAAUGAAGGCCGGUAACCAUGCAUUGACUUCAGCAGAAGCAGGAUCCAGCAUUUGCUUUAUUUUAAUCUUCCCCCUUAACUGUCCCUUUCUUAUCUUUUUCAUGUAACCAAGCACUGUAGGUGCCACUGAAAAGGUGUGGAAUUGUUGGGGGCAAAGGGAUCAACAAGCAGGGGUGCUGGGACAAUUUGUAUAGUUGGGGUCUUGAGAGCAAUUGAACCAAACUGUAAACCCUGGAUAUGAUGGAAACCACUUCAAGCCAGGCGGUGCUGCUGCACCCCCAGCACCCCUAGUUCUAGCACCUAUGUCAAUAAGGGGAUAUCUGUCUAAAAAAAGCAGUCCUCACUAUGAAAAAAUUUGAGAACCAGGGGCCUUGCUGUUUAGGAGGUCUUCAGGCUUCUGCAAAAGAUCAACCACAUUGGAACAUAUUCCGUUUAUCACUGCAGCCUUCCAGUGAGGGAGAGAUACAUAUUACAGCUCUCUCCUCCCCCGCGAAAUCAGCCUGUCAGAUACGUUAUAACUGCAAACAGUCAUGUGUCUUGUUUUUUUAAAUAAUGUAAUAAUUUUAAUGUAAAUGAGCAAGUGUUUUGUAUAGCGGUCCCCAGCACUGCCAGAGACGUGCAGUACACCUUACCCCGGUUGUCUGAAUGUUUACAAGACCAGGAUCUAGCUCAUUUGACUUCCUGUGCCCUGAAGAACUUUGCAGUAUCGUGCAACUUGAGCUUCCACAUUGCACUCCCCUCACAGCGAAUGCUGUAAAAUUCAAUGUUUAUACUUUGAAAUGAAGUGCUAAAGAUGGGACCAAGCUGCAAAAUUCAAAUCCAGAUCUGGAAUAUGAAUACCCAAACUUUGCCGACUAUGAUUUCCAUUUUACCCGUUGUAAGAGAGGUGCUGAUUGCAAAAUUCAGAGCCACAUUCAAGUCCUAAUUUAGAACAAAGUCUGGUGUAGUUGGCGCUGGGGUUUUGAAACUCAAAACAACAAUGUCCUAAAGCUACCUCCCAGAAGUCCCACACAAUAGACUGCACCAUCUUAUAGACCAGGAAAUGUAGGAUUUUUCUUCUCUGUUUAACUGGUAUACAGAAAACACUGGUUAUAAGUGAGCAAAUAACACAUAACAAAGGGUAUUGUUUUACCACAGUACCUGUGCAGAUAUGUACGUGUUUAUUGUGAGAGCUGAAGGCCACGUUCCCUGCAGCCAGCUGGGAAAUGGAGAUGUAUCUAUAGAAUCUAACUUCUGGAAGCAUCUCAUUCGUUUUUAUUCUUUUUUUAAUAAUAAAACGUGUACUGUGUCCGAGCCCCAGCCUUGUGUCCACUCCAUCUCACAACUGGUGAUGUUUUUCUUUAAGGGCCUUCUCAUUCAAAUGAGGCACUGAUAAAAUUGGUUGGCCUCAUAUGUGAUUUCCC